CACUCAGGGCAGCCUCCGUGGUUGGUUGUGGCGGCAGAUUUGAACGCAAGACAGGCGCGGGCUGGAGGUCGGAAAUACAGUACAGAGAAAAAGAGCGGAUCGGUCGGAGAGAGCCAUAGGGGUUUACUCACUCUGCAUAUCAUUUCCAGUUAUCUGCAAUUUAUCACCCUGCUUGUCUUUAUGCAGGUGGGUAAAGAAUGGAAGCAAAUAUAAAGUCCUUGAAGGGAGCUGACUUUAUAAAACUUACAUCUUCGCUAGAGGAGGUGACUCUCUUGCACUCAAAGCUCAAGUUGUGUUUCGCAAAAGGCCCCACUGGUUCUUCAUCUUCUGAGCAGUUGCCAGAUCAGCGGGUUGUUUGUGAUCGUGUGCUUCGUGCCUGCAACCACUGGGCAGGGGAUCCAAGUUGUCAUGUGAGUCACUGGCAGAGUUUAGUGCCCCUGGCAGCCUUGGUGUGCCAAGGUUUUUGUGCAUCAAGCCCUCAGCGCACACCAUUCUACCUGGAGAAAAUUCUGUUUCACCUGCUGAAGAACAUCUCUGCACGGGAAUCCUCAUUUCAGGCUUGUAGCAAUAUUUCAGAUCUCCUGUAUGGUCUUCUUACCAGCUGCCCCUCAGAGCAGCAGAAUGCAGGAGAUUUCACAGCUGUAACAAAGAGCAGUUUUCAGAUCUUGUGGAAAGCAGCAGGGGACCAAGAACAAAAGCAAAGUCCUAGCCCCUGUAAUAGAGAAGUCCUGAGCCUUAGACUGCAUGCCCUGCGCUUUUUAAUGUUGACAGAGGGAUCCGUUUCAUAUGGGGAUGCUCCACUAACUAUAUCACGCCAUGCCCGAUGUGCUACUUUGGCAUUUGAGCCCAAAGGCAAACCAUGUAGCAAAGAAGAGACAUAUUUUUUAAAUCAGAGUUUUGAAGAUCUCCUUGUGAAACCCCUGUUAGGACGUGGUACUUUGUCUGCUUCAUGGUCCCGCUGCUUGGUUGAACUGUCACUGGAAAGAUGCCGCAGACUCUGCAAAACUUCCUGCUUCCGGCAAGGACGAUAUGUUGUUGAACAAGUCCGUGGAUGUUUAGAAAAGACCGAAAGGUGCUGCCAUGCUGGGUUGGCACUUUUAAGCUUUGCUGUGGACAUUCAUGAAUUAGGGAUACCACCUAGUAUUGGCAAAGUACUUUCUGAAGUGAUAGAAAUUCUUGAUGGUGCCCGUUGCUCUGGUGAUGGCUGGUCGUGCCAGGCACUCGGUGAAUGUUUCCAGUUUGCUGUUUCUUCUUUGGAUGGACGUUUCAAGCAUUCUGGGAUGCUAAAGGUUGAUGACAUUUUGAGCCUUGCAAAGUUCCUUGAAAAGCAUCAUCAGCUUCUAGAUAAGCAAGUGACCAAGGUUUCUAAUGAAGGAUCACGUCAACUGAAAUCUUUAAAGCAACAGCAAUUCAACAGCCUGCAGCAGUUCACAAAUGCUGCAUGUGCCUUUAUGCAGAAUUGCAAGGAUAAGCCUAAGGAUGGAUUGCUAUUGCUGCAUGGAGCCUGCAGAGAUGCUGUUUCCCGGAUGCACGGUUCUCUUCAGGGUCUGCCUGCCCAAGAAACUGCAGAGUUCUUAAACAUAACAGCAUCCUGUGUUCAUAACUUGGCCUACUGGUUCUACAGCCAGAAGAAGUAUCAAGAAGCCUCUGACCUGGUUUCUCCCCUUAGUGCAUGGCUUGCAGAUGGUGCUCCUGAUAGUGACCCUGACCUGGAAGUAGAGCGGUUGCACCGCUGUUACAGACUGCAUGUGGAGAGCUGCAGGAAGAGUGGCCAGAUUAUGAAGGGCCUUGAAGCUGUGGGUCUUUGGCUGCGAGCUUUGCGCUCUAAAGUCUCUCAGCAUAUGGCAGAGCCAGUGGCCCUAUGGGUUAGACUUAAAAUAGAUGGUGCUAAGAAUGGAGAUGAAGAUGUGAGGCUGCAUACUCUAAAAGAUGGCCUCGUUGAUCAACCUGUGGAUCCAGAGCUGAUGCUGUCACUUCUUGCGGAGGAACUUCAAGGAUACAAAUCAGUUCAUGGCGAUACAGGGCAGGAACGAUACAAUACAAUAUGUGAUCUCCUUGAGCUCUGCAGUGAGGACAGCGACCUUAGUGGCCAGCGAGCCACAUUUCUUUUAGAACUGGCCCAAGUCUUGUGUUACCAUGACUACACUUUACAGACAGAUUGUUCUGCCCUGGAUGCUGUGCAGGAAGCUCUUCGACUUUUGGAUUCUACUUCAAAACUUACAGAAGUGGAUGAGUGUUUGCAGGACAUUAAAGCCCAAGCUCUGCUCUGGCAGUAUAUCUGUACCCUUGAAGCAAACAUGAGGGAGGGUUUGGAGGAGCAAAAGCGUAAGGCAAAGUUACAGAGUCAGAACCAGUGGACAGGUGUGGAUUAUGAGCCCAAUGACCUGAACUAUGAAGAUAAACUACAUGAGGACCAGUCUGUCAGAGAUGGAAUCUGCUUUACAUUAGCAGGGGAGACUGGGCCGCUGAAGGGUCUAGAUGAAGCUCUUGAUUUGUGGAGCAGUCUCUUAUCUAGCCCACAAGUACCGUCCUUAAACAGUGCUGAACAAACCAUUUUUUCAUUGCACCUGCUUGGAUCAUUGUACAGACUGAUGGGAAAACCUCUGCAAUCCAUACAGAGCUUUCAGCUUGCUGGUCAACUGUGCCACUCUCUACAAGAUCAUAUUAAGGAGGUUGGGACUCUCUGCCAUCUCACCAAAAUCUUGUUCUACCUGGAGAGUCCUGAGUAUGCUCAGGUUACCCUUCAGAAGGCUGAGGAGAUAUUAAAACAUGCUGAUCGUACCAGUGAAAAUUAUACUCUGGCCGAGCUAUCCUGUCAGCUUUUGCGUAGUCAUCUCUGCAGAGUCACAUGUCAGGUCAAAGAAGGGGUAGAACUGCUUUUGGGUCUUCUUCAGCACCCUUAUCUACAGAAGUCAUCCAAAGCCUGGUACCUUCUAAAAGUACAAGUUCUUCAAGAGCUUUCGUUAUUUCUCAUGCUCCCUUCAGAAAACUUAACCUCCGAUCUAUACAAGCAGUUAUGGGCUCAUGGCUGUCAUAGUCCUGAGACUGCUCUGACAGAAGCCCAUAAGCUGCUAAGGAGCAUCGUCCUCCUCCUUCUUGGAAAUGACGUGUUGUCUUCCCCUAAAGGUUCUUCAGAAGUGCGUUUUGUGGAUAAUGGAGAAAACCUUCUUCAAAAAUGGCAAGUGCUUGCCGAUCUCCUCAGCUGCACCCAGGAUCUAGUGAAGACUCUAAGCCGUAUGGGCUGUGUUUCAGAAGCCAAGUCAUUUUGCCUUGAGGGACUCAGAGUGGCCAAAACUCUGCAAAGUAUGCGGCACUGUGCAGAUUUCCUUGUGAGAAAAGCAGAACUAGAGACUCUACGCUCAGAAACUCAGCUCUGCGAGGAAGAUUUGCAGUAUGUGCUGUUCCUAAUGGAGUCCUGUACAGAUUUUACAGCCAAAAGUGAGCAGAAAGAGGUUAAGAUAAAGCUUUGCAAGGGAAAGCCAUUUCAUAAGACAGAAAUUAUAGAAACGCCUCAGAGUCCCCCAAAAGAUGACUUUCUGAAAGCCGUAGAUCUUCAUUAUGUAGAAACAAGGGAAUUGUCAAAAGCCCCUGAAUCGCCAUCUUGCACUUCUUCACUUGAAAAGAACCUGCCACAGUUUCUGUCCCAUACACAGGACUGCACAUGCCCUCUAUGCUCUGAUCUUGUACUGUCCUUGCUUUGCACCCAGUGGUUGGUGGCUAAGGCAGAGAACGAUCCUCAGAACAGAGGUUUGUUAAAAUCAGCCCUGAAAAGAUGCAAGGCACUGACCCAGCGCUUUUCUGCUAUUAUGCAGGAAAUACUUGGUAAGGAAAUCCCCAAACCUGUAUCGCUAGGAGUGUCGGCUGAACUCAUGGCUAGAGUGUACCUGGCCAUGGUAUCACAGAGCCCCUCUAAGCUUCCUGAAGAGACACUGGAGGAAGGAAUUCACUUUGUAUCCUCCCAGCAAGCAACUUUUCCUAAGCACUGGAGAGCAGGCCUUCUCCUGGCCAAAGCCUUGUGCUCUAUAUAUAACCUGGCAGCAAAGCAUGGAAGUUGUGUUACAGAUAUCUUUGCACAAUUAUGGGGCUGGCAGCCACAUCAGAAAACAAAAAAAAUAGCAGACCUCAAUCAGAGGAACAAGACCACUUCUAGCAUUACAAAGAAAAAAACUAAGAAAAUGUCACUAGAUGUCCCAAGCUCAUUCCCUUUUGAGGACUCUGACACGGAUCUCCCAACAGUGCCUCCAAAACCUCACACAACUCCCAUUCAGAGGAACCUUCCAGUGACUCAAGCCAGAUCCGUUCUAUCCACCCUCCCAAAAAAAAGCACUGUCACAGUUUACAAUGAAGAAUCCCCCAUGCCUGAAGUACUGCCAAGAGCACCAAGAAGGCGCAAAACAAGAACAGUGCUAAAGGUUGAUUUUAGUGACAGCGAUUUGGAAGUGCCGGAUAAUUCUGAAAAGGAGCCGGUGCCCAACAGCAGAAAACAAACCGUACAGACAAAAUCAGUAGGUAGAGGUCGGGGGAGGAGCAGCGUAGCACAGGUCCCACUCGACUCUGAUGAUGAAGAUGUCCCAACUAAGAGUAAAGCCAGGAAUAAAAGACCAAGCACAAGGAGGGGCCAGAAAGAAAGUAGCCCAUCUGGGCCAGUGCGGAGGCGCCAGCAAGUGAAAAUAGAUGUGGCUCCUAAAGAAGUAGAUGUCUUAAGAUCCAUUGAGGAAGAGCCUGAGUGGGUGUUGGAUGUCAGCAUUGAAGAGCUGAGGGGUUCUGAUACUGAGGAGAAAAAAACACUCAGAACUGGUCGGAAGGGUCAGAAGUCUGCUAAGAAUGAUGGGUUGAUGACAGAAUGUGAAGUGCUAAGAAGAGAUGCUGGAGGGGAACACCUGUGUUGGACCCCAAAUGUGAUAGGAGGAGAAGCAGACCCAAACCCAUUUAGUAUCACUGGAAAUGUGUCUUCCCUCCCUGCUACUUUCAGUGCCUCUGACCUGAGUGUGGUCUCCUCACUUCUCCGUGAGGCUCUGGAGUCCAUAACUCACUUUCCACCAAGCACCCUCUAUUCCAGGCUGUGCCGCCUUCUUGCACUGUGCAGAGGAAAACAAGAUCCAUAUGUUACCGCCCUUCUGGUUAGCGAGUCUGUUUCUAUUACAUUGAGGCACCAAUUGCUAAGCGACAUUCACCGGAAAUUACGGAAAAUACGGAAAGAAGGCUCAGUAUGUGACAAGUUACAAUGUCUGACUCUGGAAGAUGAUACAGAUGCCCAGGUUCAGCACCUCUCCCACUUAGAAGAGAUCUUCCAGUUUCCAAAACAAGCUCUAGACAUACAAAGGUUCCAGGAGCAACUUCAGCAGAUCCCUGCAAAUACAACAAUGUGCAUAUUGACCUUGGUGGACUCACAGACAAGAAUGCCCGGUGAUACUAUACUGCUCACAAGACUUGUUCCGGGAAGCCCCCCUGUCACAGUCCAGAUUCCUACUGCUCAUCUGAAGGUGCCCAUAAGUUCUAUAUUGCAAGAAUUUGAUGAAAUCCAGAAGCAGCAGAAGGUUGUCAACAACUUGACAGACAAAAAGGAGUGGUGGGAAGGGCGCAUGGAGUUGGACUGUCGAAUGAAGGCUUUAAUACGUCUACUAGAGGAGCAGGUUUUGGGCAGCUGGAAAGUGCUGCUAAACUGCCCAUGCUCCAGUGAAGCUGUUGCAGAGGAAUGCAAGAGGCUGUCGCAGGCACUGUCAGAUUCUGGCUGGGGAAGAACAGAUCCUGAACUUUUGAAGAUUUUGCUGGGUGGUAGCCAUUUCUUAACCCCUCCUCUUAUUCAGUCCUUUAUCCACGGGUUCGGAUUUUCAAAGCCUGAGCUGGCUCGGGAGCUUAUACAAAGUGCCACAGAGAGACUUAAAGUGAGCACAGAACAAUCAGAAGGACAUCUGGUACUUGUGCUAGAUAAGCAUCUGCAAAAGCUUCCAUGGGAGAGCAUUCCCUGCCUUCAGAAGCAGUCCGUCACACGGCUUCCAUCUCUACACUUCCUUCUCAGCUAUGGGUUGCUCAGGAAGUACCAACCUCAGACUACUCUUAUCAAGGGAGUGGACCCAAAGCAAACAUUUUAUGUCCUUAACCCUCACGCAAACCUACCUGGCACUGAAGAGCGUUUCAGGGAUUGGUUCAAAAAUGAAACUGGGUGGAAAGGAGUAAUCAGGUCCGCUCCAAAAUCUGAAAUGAUUCAGUCUGCACUGACAAAGCAAGAUCUCUAUGUCUAUGUUGGGCAUGGUGCAGGGGCGCACUUUUUGGAUGUUCAGACGCUCCAGAGGUUACACUGCAAUGCUGUGGUUUUGCUCUUUGGGUGUAGCAGUGUUGCCCUUGCAGUUCGGGGAGAUCUGGAAGGUUCGGGAAUUGUUUUGAAAUACCUUAUGGCUGGAUGCCCUUUAGUUCUCGGCAACCUAUGGGACGUGACGGACCGUGAGAUUGAUCGCUAUACCGUAGCGUUUCUGCAAAGUUGGCUCAAGGCAGGAUCUGGAGCUCCUCUUUUGAAAUACCUAUCGGAAUCCCGCCAGGCUCCCAAGCUGAAGUAUAUAAUUGGAGCAGCUCCUGUAGCUUAUGGCUUGCCAGUGGCCCUGCGAUAGCAGAAUUUUCAUACUGGGGACUUGAUUUUUACAUGAUAUUAUACUUAUACCUUUUACAAAACUAAAGCUAUGCCAUAUUUUAAUAAGGUGAGUGAUUGUCCUAUAUAACCGUUUGGCUUUUCUGCCAUCUGAGGGCAAUGUAGUGACUUUUUUUUCUUUUCUUUUUUUUUGCCCCAAGCCAAACCUUGCUUGUAUGAUUGACUAGCAGCAGUGGUUUUAGCCAAUUUGCCAUUCAAAUACAUAUGUAUAAAAAUGUCAGUGUUUACACAUAGGAUUGUUUUUCUUCUGGCACACAGAGAGUCCUUUCUAGUAAAGGGUAUAUAUACAGUUGUUCUCAGGUUAAAUGAUUUUAUUCCUACAGUUGUCUCUCUCUUUUAAGAGUGAAUAUUUAAAGUAUAUUUAUUGCAUAAGGGAAACAAUUGUAUAAUAUAAAAUGUGUAAUAAAGUUUAGUGGUUUUUUUU